AUGAGAAUGGGAAGGGUAGUGGUUCUGAGAGUGAAAAAGGUGAAAAUGAGAGUGGGAAGGACAAUGGUUCUGAGAGUGAAAAAAAAAAGUGAAAAUGAGAGUGGGAAGGACAAUGGUUGUGAGAGUCGGAAGGAUGGGGAUUGUGAGAGUAAAAAUAUUAAACAUGAGAGUGGGAAUUUUGUUGGUGAGAAUUUAGAUGUCCCUGAAAAUGAAAAUGAUCAGAGUGAACCAGAGAUGCAAGAUGAGGAUGAUUUUCUUGAUAAAGAUUAUAAUUUCAGAAAUAGUAGCAGUGAUGAUGAUGAUGAUUGUUUAGUGAGAAUGUGGAUGCAAGGGUUGUUGGGAUCUGUGAGGUGCAAGUCACGGACUAUCUAUGAAUUAAACCCUAAGUGCAGCGGAACUAGAAGCAAGGGUUCAAUGCAUAGCCUUUUUUAUUUUUCUGACUCACCGGAUCGUUCCACAUUUAUUUCGAACAGUCCCGGACUCAUCGCGAACUCAUCGACACUCCCCGAACCUGCUAGACCGCUCUUGAACCCGAUCUGGGCCUCUUGGUCGCAUCCUGGGCCGGCUGGAGUCGGUGAUCUCGUCCUUAAAAGAGUAACAGGUCCAGACCAUGGGCCCCUGAAGCCGAAGUGGGAAGGCCCUUACAAAAUCAGUGAGGUCCUCCCACAUGGGGCCUACCGCUAG